GACCACAUCAGACGGCUGAGACUCCAGCAGGGACACAUCAGACCAGUCCUCCAGAGUCCUGAAUCUACCUGGAACGUCUAAACCCGGUCCUCCAAGCUCUGGUCCCCCUGAUCCCAGUCCCUCUGGUUCUGGUUCUCCCUCUGGUCCUGGUUCUCCUGGUCCCGGUUCUGGUCCCGGUCCAUCAUGUCUGCGGUGAAGUCCGGUUCUUCUCUGCGUUCUCUGGUUCUGACGCCUCAGCGGACGCCGUCCUUCGUCGUCCCGUCCCGCAGCCCGCUGCUCUUCGCCUCGCCGCGGCUCCACCGGCCCUCGUCGGACUGGACCCGGCUGCUGUCGGACCAGGACCAGGACCAGGAGAGUCCAGCAGCGAGUCCUCCGGCCCGCCGUCUCAGCUCCGAGGCCUCGCCGCGCUUCCUGCUGCGCCUGCCGCGGCUCCGGACUCCUCGCCGCGCCGCCGCCGAGUCCGCCGACACGGACCUGACGACCCGCGCCGCCAUGUCGCUGCCUCACGUGGGGAAGGUGACCACGCCCUACGGCUUCACCGCCGUGCUCGCCGCCAGCCCCUGCACACGCCGCCGGGAGUCCCUGUUUCACCGGAGGAAACCGGUGACAGUGACUGUCAUGGACGCCGACCAGCAGGGUCCAGGUCCUGGUCCUGGUCCUGGUCCUGGUCCCAGCAGGUCCCGGGUCAGCCUGCGGCCAAUCAGAGCCCUCGGUCAGCAGGUGAUGAAAGAGCUGAAGGCUCUAAGCCCCGCCCCCAGGAGGCCCCGCCCCCGUGACGUCCCAUGACCAGAAGACCUUUGACCUCAGAUCAGAUUGUUGUUCUUGUUUAUUUUAACUAAAUUUAAAUAAAAAUGUUUCUUAAUCCA